CGAGACUCUUUCCAAAGCCUUCAAAAUGUCUCAUAUAAUUUGCCCAAGGUCACAACAACUAUUGCAUGAUCGUACAUUUCAAGCACUUGUAAUCGAAAAUACCCGCAGAGCUCGCAUCAAUGCCCUCCAACAGCGCCUCAAUGCUUUGGAACAUGACCUCGCCAUCGAAGCAGCCGAAACCCAGCUCAGCCUCGAGGCCUUCGCAAAGUCAGAAUGUCGCUCACUAACAGACAUGUUCAUGAUCAAGUUCCCUCGCGAACUACGUGAUAUGGUUUAUCGCCAUCUCAGCACCAAAGAAGAGAGGAUUGACAGCGACUACUUCCGCUCAACCAUGGAUCCAAUCACGAAGUGCUAUUCUUACGACCAAGCGCGCUGGAAGACAGCGCACUUUCCGGAGCACUUCUGGAGUACGGAUUAUGUGGAUGCAGAAUUUGUGAGAGAGUUGAGUGAGGCCUACUACAGCACUUCGAAGUUCAUCUUCGGCGAUGGGCAGGGUCUGAUUGGCAAGUUCCUGAACACCGAUCAACUCGGUCUUGGAUUUCCGCCAAAAGAGCUAGUAUCGAACAUUGAGGUGCGACUCAGUGCGAUAACACACGAUCGUGGAUCGUUUCGAGCGUAUAUCUUCGGUGUGCCGAAACCGCCAGAGAGACUGCAAGCUGCGCUUCUAGGACUGAUGGAGCUGAAGUCUGGGUCAAGCGUGUGCAUUCAGUUUUCGACUGAAGCGAAGUGUGCGGAUGAGAGAAGAGAGUUGUUUGUUGGCGCGCUGCCGGUGUUGUUUCCCAAGAUGCAGGUAGCAGCACUCGCGGGGUACAAAUUCAAGUAUGUGCUUGACCGCAAGUAUGUGUUUCGACUAGAGGGGGAUGUGUUGAAAAACUUAGAGGAGGAGCUUUGGGAUAUACCGGACUACUACAAUACUGGUGGGUCGUCGUUUCGUGCGGCACCAAACGCGAGCCCUUUCAGUCCGUAUACAGAUUGAUUAGUGGCACUCCCUUAAAGGAGAAGAACACUUGUAAACUGAGCCUGACGACCGCGGCCAGGCAGGCCUCAGGGAUAUGGAGAAUGCUUGAGACGGUAAUGUUACCUUGAACAUCGUUCUUCGGCAACCCUGUUCAACAGGAGAUGUAAAUAGCAGUAUCUGUGUAUGGAAAUCGGGCGAUGAUAUCGCUAGGGCGGUUGUUGCGUUAGUAAACAGGCAACGAUAACAUGAGCAAUACGAUACGGAAGCUAUAUCGAAGAGACGUCGAUAAUUAUGUGGAUGGAGAUCAAUACUACAAUACGAAAGCGUUCUGCGACCUUGUGUACUUCAGCGCCCUCUCGAGAUAACAGAUCCUGUGCCAGAUCUCGAUGUGUGCAGCUUAGGCUCUGCGGUAGAUCUGAGUACAAUCUUCU